UGUUUUGAAAAAAAAAACUAAAUAAGAAAAAAAUGCUGUAGGCCAACACUAGAUUUAAACCUAUGUAAAUGCAAACAACAAAACAUACCUGAAACAUAUUCACUAAUUUACGCAUACAACAUACACGGAGAUUGGAGACCCAUAAACACGCUCCCCUCCUGUAUAUGUGUGAGAACAAUAGAUACCCCUCCCCUGUAUAUAACGCUCCUCCUAGGUACGGCCAGCUCCUCCCAUUGCUUUCACUGUGUACAGAGGGCAGCCGGUUCUUGUAUACUAAAUAUACAGAAGUCGGACACUUAUAUGCCUGUACUUACCGUCUCAAUAACAUGUGUUCAUCAUGUAUGUGCAACAGUCUUUGUGAGUAGCUUUUGGAUUUAACCCCUGUUCACAUCUCCCAUAACCCCAGUACAAAGCCAGAGAGGUUCAUUUUCAUAAUGCAGCUUCAGUGACAUCGUUGAUAUCAUGUCAGCAACUGAUGCUUUACCGCCUCCCAUAGCCCUAUCUCAAAAACCUCAGCGCAUCAUAAAAGCAAGACCCCCGAACCGUCCACCUCCACAUCUGCCUCCAAAGCCACCCCAGAAGCUACCACCAUGUCCCCAAACUAUUCCAGACAGCUCUGUCUCCAACUCUAGCACAGAACAUUCAGAAUCUAGUACAUCUGACCAACCCACCUCCAAUGUCAACGUCAAAAGGAUAGCUGGUCUGUUUCAGAGGGAUUCAAAUGGAAAUGCGGAAGAGGAAAAUCCUUCCAAAGGGCACCCAAAGUCACAGGGGAAGAGGUCACCGGUGGAGAAAAAGGAAGACCAGGCAAAGGUGCAGGUGGAGAAAGAAGAUGAACAAGGAGUAUCCUGUCCUCCACCACUGCCUCCGAAACUGUUUCAGGACACAGAGGACCAAGCAGUCAAGAUGGGAUCCUGUCCACUUCGUCGUGCCUGUUCCACAAGGUGCCAAUGUGCAUGUCACCAACAUAGACCUGGCAUGGUGUUGAUUUGGAUCCCAGAAUCCUCUCUUCUUUUAGACCACAACACAGACAUUUCAGACUCUUCAGAUGAUGGUGGAGUAUUACAGAGAACAGUGUCUGUUGAGGAUGAUGGAGGGAAAUGGGGGUCACGGCUUCUGAGAAAUAGAAUAGCAACGGGUUCCAGUUAUCCAGUGAGGAGAAGGUCACAAGUUUAUAGUUACCGAGAAGGUAAAGGGGAAGGGGGCGCUGGAGAUGAGCGAGCCAGGAGUAGUGUGGUGUUAACAUCUUACAAGUCUACAAGUGAUGAUAGCUUUAAUGGGGAAUUAACUGCUUCCAGCCCUGAAAAGUCAGAUGGUAGCAUAAAUGUGAAGACUAUGCGUUUUAAGUUUGACUCUUCUCCUGAAAGUUUGACUUAUGCAUCAUCUAAUGGGAAGGUAAAAGUCAACGGAGAUAUUGAUUCUUCUUUGGAUGUUGUACAUUCAGAAAACCCAUCAUUUAAUGCAAAGUUCAAAAAUGAAUCUACUAAGGAGUUUGUUUAUUCUCAGUUACCAUCAACAGGAUGUUCAAAUGGCAAUGUCUCCUGUCCUGAGGAUGUGUUGCAUACAUUUUUGCAUACUAGGGACUCUUCUGUAACUAAAAAUGACUCUGCACCAGCAAUUCCUUUGUCUGAAACCCAUCCUGACACGGGUUUAGGGUUGAAUGGGGAGCUUCAUCAGACUAAUGUUAUUCCAUUUAAAAACUCAAAAUCCACUGACACACAUGUCCCUCCAGAACUUCCAAGUACUGAAGCCCCUCCUUUGAGGGCCUCACGAGAAGAUGGACAAGUAGAAAUGUAUACAAAAGUUCGCAAACCAGCUCGUAGGAGUAAAGUACCACUCCAAUCUUUGUCUGGAAGUGUUGAGCCACCUUCACAAGUGCCCCCUAAAGUACCCAGCAAACCACCUCGUGGGACAGCACCACCCCCUCCGCCAUUUGUGAGAAAGGGGUCUUUGAAGUUAUCUGGGAAAAUGGAAGAGCAGAAGGCUAAUAAAGGGUCAUCCUUGCCUACUUGUGAGUUACACAGAUCUAAAGAGUCAAGUAUGGAUUCUGAUGAGUAUAACGGAAGUGGUGACGCUGUGGAUAUUUCACAGGACAACUGUGAUGUUUUCAGGUUUCCAACUUUGAAGAGCUCAAAAUCUAUAGACUGGGAAUCUCACUUGCGGGACGAGCCGCUUUAUCAAACGUACCGUCAGACUGUCAUCAAAAAAGAGAUCCAGCGGCAGAAUGUCCCCCGUAACAGCAGUUUUACCAGCUAUGAUUCAUCGCAUGACAGUCCCAGCUCCUCUAAUGGCUCCCCAAGACUUGGGAGGAGAUCAGCAGCAAACCAUAACACACUGUGGCAAGAGCUGCCGGCUGUGAAAGAAAGUGGGGUGUUGGAGCACAUGACAAAUGAACAGAAGAAGAUGCAGGAGAGCAUGUUUGAGGUACUGACCUCUGAAGCUUCCUAUCUUCGUUCCCUGAACGUCCUGACUGAACAUUUCUUGGGAUCCAGAGAGCUAGAGGAGACUCUUAUUAUUCGGGAGAAAAAAAUCUUAUUCUCCAACAUCCUCAAGGUCAAAGAGGUUAGCGAGAGGUUUCUGGUGGAUUUAGAAGCACGUGUAGAUGAAAGUAUUCUCAUAUCGGAUGUGUGCGACAUUAUAUAUCACCACGCGCUACAUCACUUCCCUGUGUAUAUUGAUUAUGUGAGAAACCAGUUGUACCAGGAGAAGACUUACAGUGAGCUCAUGGAGAAGAGCCCGCAGUUCUAUGCUGCCAUCUGCAGGUUACAGGAGUUACCACAAUGUCAUCGCCUGCCCUUCAUGUCUUUCCUGCUACUUCCUUUCCAGAGAAUCACUCGCAUUAAAAUGCUCAUAGAGAAUAUUUUAAAGCGAACAGAGGAAGGAUCAGAAAGUGAGGAAAAUGCUACAAAAGCCUUAAAUGCUGUGGCAAAGAUCAUUCAGGAGUGCAAUCGUGAAGUAGGCCGCAUGAAGCAAACAGAAGAACUGAUACACAUCGCUCAGAAGAUUGAAUUUGACAAGAUAAAGGUGAGAAUUUUAGAGAUAUGGAAUACAAUAAGAUUUUCAGACAGAUACAUAGUUCUGGAUUACGCUCACCGCUCUCUUGUUCAGCUCCAAUCUUGUCCAACCAUUGAUAACAGUUUCUUUCUGACGUUACUGGAGAAUCACCAAGGGAAAACCUCUGAUCGUCUCUUUAAGGCUCCUACACAAUCUGACCUUCAUCGGUGGGUAGCUGCUUUUCCCAGUCAAAAUGAUGAUGAUCUGUCUAGCAAUGAAACUAUAUACGAGGACUGGGACUGUCCUCAAGUGCAGUGUGUGGAUUUCUAUACAGCGGCACAGACUGAUGAGUUAAGUUUAGAGCCGGCUGACAUCAUUAAUGUGUUAAGGAAAACAUCGGAGGGAUGGUACGAGGGGAUCCGACUUGCGGAUGGGAGAAAGGGCUGGUUCCCUUCUCGUUAUGUGCAGGAGAUAACAAAUGAGCAUGUAAGAAGGAGAAAUCUCCGUGAGCGGCACAGAGUACUGCAAGCCGCCCGGCAGAUUCAGCUGUCCAAAGUGGUGGAACACAAGAAAAAGUCCAGCUCAGCCUGAGCUCACAGACAAUGGAUCUUAUCAUUUUAUGCAAUGAACAAGCAGGCUCUCUAGAAGCGUCUAUUUUACCAAAUGACAGUGUUACACACAUGGCUGCAGGCUGAGGAUCAAACGUGCAUUAUAUAACAAAGGGAACAAUGCUAUAUACAAGCUGGAAAUCAAAUUUACUAAACAAUUUGAAAGUACUUUUGGAGCAUACCCUUUAGAAGAACAAACUUGUAGUUAAAAAAACCAUGGGAAGAUGCUUUUAUGCCAGGAAUGUUGAGAUGCUAAUAUUAAAUAUGAGCACAUUAGGGUCCAGCAGUGGAUUGAACUAGCAAACGUUUUGGUUGAACUUGCCGUUUUAAUAUAAAUUUGCUACUAUGAGCUGUCAAGUAGGGAUGGUCAGAUGUUUCUGCACAUUCUGUAUUAGAAAAUGCUGAAUGUUUGGAGAACAUCCAAAUAUUUUUUUUGGCCAAAAUAUUUAUUCCACAAUUUGUAAAUAAAAUAUUAACAUUCAAAUGUUGAUUCUCAUAGAUAUGUCUACGACGUUGGUUUUCAAACCUGGCCUCAGGACUCCCCAACAGGCCAGAUUUUCAGGAUUACCUUGGAUAAGAGCAGGUUAAUAACUGUUUACGCUAAUCAGCGGUUUAUUUCACAUGUACUCCAGUUCAGAUAUCCUCAAAAUCUGGCCUGUUAGGGAGGCCUAAAGACAGGUUUGAAAAACCAGUGUUCUGUGGGAAUAAAUAUUCAAAUGGAAUAUUUCAACACUACCUUCUAAUGUUAGCCUUUGCUCUAUAUAAAGAUUUAAAUGUCAAAACUUGAAUGUGCUCAUUCCUACUUACAAGUUCACAGACUGGGUAAUAUGUAAGCACAUAGAGGACCAAGUUCCCUAAAGAAAGAUCGAUCAAAUUGUAAGAUAAAGAGCCGUAUACACCAUCCAGUAUUUGAAAUAACGCUGCAUUCCAGUGUAGUUGCUAGAAAUCCAUAGUCUAAUCUGUUUUGAAUGAGAAAAGCAUUGUUAAAUUGUUUCCGAUUCAGGAUAUUAUCCAACCAAGGAAAGCACAAGAGAAAUUACAUGUACUUUAAACCAGAAGGAUCAUCCGUAAACCAUUAUAUUCAUUUUAACAAGUUAAUUCACUGCCAUAAUCUGCUUCAAAUUCAAGAACUUGGAGAAUAAGAGAUGAUGAACCCUAAGAUACUGCUGGCAUUUAGCAUACAUUCUUUUUAUAAAAUUCACAGCAAAAUAUUUGUAAUGAAUGCUGUCAAAACCAUCUGGAACAUGUUUACAACACAGCAGUGUAAGCUACUGCAGCUUGCUUUCUUGGAAAUUGGAUUGUAGGUUAUCAAAUGAACUCAGGAGCUUUUCUUAAGAUAAUAUAUGUCUGCUGUGGCCCUAGACAAAAUCGUUAUGACUCAAGCUGAGGACAAAAACUUUAUUUAAAAGCUUCAACUAAUCGGCCCAAGUCAUGUAUAGGAAUUAUAAGUGAGCAGACCCCCAAACACAGUGGCACCUCCUCAAUCUUCCUAUGAAUCCCGAAGCUUCCAGAGUUCUGGGAAAUUAUUCUUGGACUGUAAUGGAUUAACCUUUCAAUAAAUUAAGUGAAGCAUAACCCUGAUCUUGUGCUUUUCCAGUUCAUGGACAGCCAUGUUUAAAGGGGUAAAUUUACAUUCAUGGGAAUUAACUUUCUGGUUUUCUUGCUGGAAUUCUUUUUUUUUUUUAACCUGUGUUGCCUACAGCAAUGUUAUUGCCUGUGUAAUUCAGUGAGUUAUUUUAUAGAUUCUGAAAUGUUGUAAAUGUUGUGAAAACAAAAAGUAUGAUAUGAUUGUAAAUUGUUCAAUGGCGUGAAGGAAACAUUUUUUGUCUUUUGUGUAAAUUGUGUUAUGUCAUAUGUUUGAAGCUCACUGGAAUUUCACUAAACACUUUGUCCAAACAACCAGAAAUGGGUGAAUGUUAGAAUUUGUACUUUUCAAUGGUAAAACAAUCAUUUUACCUUUUUUACAUUUGUUCUGUAAUUCAAAUGAAUAUCGAAUGUAACAUUACACUAUUUUUAUUUAAAUAUUGAUUCCUAUAAACUAAGUUUAUGAGAGUCAUUAUUUGAAUACUGUAAUUAUAUUGAAAUAUUUAAAUCUUACUUUCAAUAAAUGUAAAAGUAACAUUUUCUAAAAACUAAUGUGGAAUGUUUGUAAAUGAAUGCGGCCAACGUUAAUUAUUUUUAACGAAUGUGCCAAGCCGUUCACCCGUCUCCUACAAAUAGCUUUGCAGUACUCUUUAUAAUCUCUCCCUAUAGUUCUAACUAUUCCUAUUUAUACUCAGUGGUAUAAUGCACAAUAUUUGUCUAUCCACUAUUACCUCACAUUUUUUUCCUUUCAAUGUUUUCCUAUAUGGACACAUACUACAUGGUCAUCUCCAAUAUUUUUUAUAUUUUUUUUUAAAGAAAACCCUUGUUAUUUUAAGAAAAAAAAUGUGUUUUAUUUUUAACUGAAAAAGAUUACAACCACAUUUUAACAGUUUUAAGGGAGAGAGCUGUUUGCCGUGCAGGUUAUAAAUGAACUUAAAGGUAUUCAUCAUCUGAACAGGCUAUAUAUAAAUUGUACCAAUUCAGUUAUGCUGCUAAUUAUGAGUGGUUCUGCUAAUUUUGCAACCGUAUUAAAAUUGUAGUUUUGUUCAUAGGGUUCAGUAUGUUUAUAAAUUCCAGGGAGUCACGGAGAGAAAAUACUAAAAGAAAAUAAAACUGGAAUAUUUCAACAAAAAAA